AGCAUUUGGCAGAAGCCCAAACUGGUACUCGGCUAGAUGUUUCAUGAUACUAAUGUUAAUGAUGCACUACAUGACGUCAGACUUGAACCUACUUGUACUUGUGCUGUGCAUCUACGCACUGCGGCGCAGGAAACCAGGCACAAUUGAAACUGGAUAUCUACCAUCAUGAUUAUGCUAUUACAGCAAGAAGGUACAAGAACAUUUACUCGACAGGAUUUUGCGUGAGAUUGAUUUUGUCGUCGCUGGGAAAAGACUGUAUUUUGAAGCGCCUCCAAAGUCACCGUUCGUGGAGCUGAGUCACCACAACGAGUCUUUUCUAGAUAAUCAGCUGAACGCUGAUCGAAGGCAAAAUGAACCUGCGGACAACUACUAGCCUCUCUGUACGGUUUGCAUUGUUGUGGGUGGUCUCGUUUCGUAGUGUUCUCUCCAGGACCGUCCUUGCAGGAACCCACGCCAGUACUGGAAAUGCAACAGGUGUUGAUGAGUCGUGUAUGGCACGAGUUCUUCAUCUUCUACCAUCUACAGCUCUUCGUCUUAGCAUCCAGGACACAGAGACACUACUUGAAAUAAUUGGCCUACGUCAACCCAUUGAUCAGCUCAACUACGCCAACGCUGACACCGCAUCCCUAUCAGCUUUGCUAGGUGGACGGCAGAAUGCUGAAAUGCUGGUACAGUGUCUGAGUGGGCAUCUUGAGCAAUGUCGCCAAAGUCCCCCAUGCAGCAAUGCAGGAAAAUGCAUUUUCAGCGGUUCUCGACAAGGGAGAGACUCGUCGUACAUUUGCCACUGCAAUGAUGGUCAUUCUGGAACGUAUUGUCAGACCGUUCUCCCAUCGUGCGCUGGAAAUCCAUGUCAGAAUGGGGCAACAUGUCAACAAAGAGGAUCAUCAUUCCAUUGUCACUGUCCUCCACUGUAUACUGGACACCAUUGUGAAAAAAAGUGGCUGGAUGCAAGAACGUUCCGAAAGUACGCAAACACAGUACAUCAAAUCAGUGACCAGAUGAAGAACCUGGAGCGAGGGAUAGACGCAGCCAGACAUGACGACGUCAGUCGGAUCGAAACCUUUCUCCAGAGACUUGAGCAAAAAGUCAUGACUAAGUUCAAUUCCACUUUGACUCAGCUCUCAUCUGAAGUUGUAGCACCGAAUCACCGCCUGGAUGAAGGCCAGGGAAAUCAAGAAGCAAAUACGUCGUGUGAACGAACUAACCACGGGCAAUCAGGAUUGUUCACUGGUACAACAACGACUACGACAUUCACUGCAUACUGUGAUCGAGAGACUGAUGGAGGUGGCUGGAUUGUGUUUCAGAGAAGACAAGAUGGAUCAGUGGACUUUUACCGUGACUGGAAUGCAUACAAACGAGGAUUCGGAUCAGCGUCUGGAGAGUUCUGGCUGGGUCAAGAUACACUACACUAUCUGACGUCACAAGCUGGUAGUACUUAUGAACUGCGUAUUGAUAUGGUGUUCAAGACAACUGCAGAGAAGCAUUAUGCCAAGUGGUCAACAUUCCGUGUUGAAGGUGAAGCUACCAAUUACAGACUACAUGUUUCAGGAUUCUCAAGCCCUUCCUUGGUGGACAGAAUGAGUUACCACAAUGGGCAUCAGUUCAGUACUCGAGAUCGUGACCAUGACUCCAGCCCUACAGACUGUAGCAAUAGGUUCAAGGGUGGUUGGUGGUAUAACACGUGUCACCUUGUCAAUGUCAAUGGAUUGUAUGGACGUAGUGAUGGAGACCUCACUGGUGUAGUGUACUAUCAAGGCUGGUUCGAGUACAAGAGUUUGAAGUUUGUGGAAAUGAAGCUAAGAAUUCGUGGAUAAAACCCAAUGCACUACUAGAUUCACUACACACACUGUGCUCAUUUGCAUCCAAAUGCAAAAUUCUGCACUUUUUUGAACGUUUUCACUGGUUUCCUCUUUUUAUGAUGGCUUUUGUCUAUCCUUGGAAAUAUGUUAUACCUCUUUCCACCCAUACAUUUCUUUUGCAGGAGAGUCAACCUGCCAUUCGAUUCUAAAUCGCAGGAUUCCAAAAAGCCAGUAAUGCGUUUGUUGAACACAAUAUUACUGCGCACAUGCACUAAGGGAGUGUUUACCAUUUCAGGGUAUUGUGCGCAUCCUCAUACCCAGCUCCUACGCCACCAUAAAAAAUUGAUCUCCUAGGAGCGCUUCCGUUUUAUACUUUUUAUCAGCGAGCCAUCGUGGUUACAAGAAUACAAUCACUCUUUCUAAUAUACUGUACUUUUCCUGUCUACUACAAUCACCCGCAUUCUCUCACUAGCCACCUGUACAUUAACCAUCUAGCGCUAUACAUUUUACCAGCUGUUUUCUAUGUAGGUUUAUGUCACUGAUUGCUUAAACCAAACACACUGUAGAAUGACUCACGAGCAAAAGUUGAAGCUCAAUCAAUUGACGGUAGUCACACUAUCGAAAAUGUCUGUGACAUGCAUAGUAGCUAACAACUGUUUCAUGGUGCCUCUAUAUCUUUUACUUUCAAUUAUGUGUGGCUCCUACUUUUAUUACUUAAAAUACACAACGGCAAGAUAGAGCCUACUGUAGAGAAAUUGAGUGAUUCCGUAACAGG